AUGAUAGUCGAUCAACCCGACCAAGUUGUCCUUCCAGGUGACAUUAUUCCCAUUAACACUGAUUCUGCAUCUUCCGAAGAGUCUAUUAUUCUUGGUCCUGGUCUGAGACAGGAGGGAGAGAAUAUCGUGGCUGUCAAGGCUGGUAUCUUACGUCAUUUGGAAGUCGGUAACCGAUGGUGGAUCGAGAGUAAUCAAAAGCGGUACAUUGCUGCCGCAGGUGAUUCCGUUCUGGGCACAGUAACAGCUCGUCUGGCUGAAUUUUACAGAGUCGACAUUGGAACUGCUCAUUCAGCUGUGUUGCCUGUAUUGGCUUUUGAAGGCGCAACAAAGCGCAACAGACCUAAUCUUGUCAACCGCUCGCUGGUCUACUGUCGUGUCUCUAUGGCCAACCCAGAUAUGGAAGCAGAACUUGAGUGUGUAAACCCUACUACUGGAAAGGCUGAUGGUUUCGGUGAAAUGAAGGGCGGUCAUGUAUUCACAUGUUCUUUAGGAUUAUGUCGAAGACUAUUGAACCCAGAGACACCUGUCUUGAAAUUGUUGGGUGAUGAGAUGCCUUUUGAACUUGCGGUUGGUAUGAAUGGUCGGGUUUGGGUGAAUGCAAACACGGUAAAGGACACUAUUACAGUAUGUAAUGCAAUUCAGAAUUCCGAGUACCUAAGUGCAGAGGAAUGCCAGUCAAUGGUAGAGAAUUUACUACAAGGAUAA